GAAUAAAGAGAAAGACGGAGAAAGCUCAUGAAUACGAGUACGAGGUGUGUAUACAUACCUACCAGUGAAUGUAAUAAAAAAAAGUCUAUUAAAAUUAAAAAGAUCUGUCGAGGUUUUAUUUAUUUUAAUAGUGUGGUGAAUAUGGUGGAUUUAAUCGUAUUAUUUAAGGACCGUGAUAAUAAUUCAAGGUUCCACGGUUCACCGGUUGUAGUGAAAAUAUAAUAUGUCAGGUUGAGAAUACUAGAACACUGGGUGGUAAUAUAUAUUUAUUACAAUAUUGAAACUCUGCCGUGGUUGCUUUAAUAUAUUGUAUAUACAUAUGUGUACAUAUACAUAUAUGUGUAUACAUAUAUAGUAUACAUAUAGUUCUGUUCACACAACACGUUUGUUUUAUGUCGUAAGCUAAAAUAAAAGAAGUAGCUGAAAAAAAAAAGAAAGAGAAAAAAAAUAAAAGAAAGAAAUUUCUUCUCAACGUAUUUUUUUUUUCAAAAACGUUGUGCGCGAUUUUACGCUCACAUUUUUUAUUGCAGAUGUGCCGCAUAAGACGCGGAGUCAUGUCUGUUAGAUAGUAAAUAAGUUUUUUUCAGGCAUUAAAAACAAAUGUUUUCUGUGCGUUUGGUUAAUGCGGACAGCUAUCAGGCAACGCCAUUGCCUCAGCUGGAUCCAACAUUCUCAGAAUUUCGUGGAACUGAAAUAAAACAUGUACCUAUUGUACGGGUCUUUGGUACUACCCAUACAGGUGAAAAGACAUGUUUACACUUACACGGGGUGUUUCCAUACCUGUACGUACCAUUCACGGGGGAUGAUAAUGCUGAUGGCCUUGCCUAUAGACUAGCUGCAUCCUUGGAUGCAGCGAUCAAUAUAUCCCUAGGAUCGGCGAACUCAAACACACAGCAUGUCUAUCAAGUACAACGAGUCGCUGGAAUACCAUUUUACGGUUAUCACCGGAGAGAGCAUCAAUUCUUCAAAGUAUCUUUUUAUAAUCCAGCGAUAAUGAAGAAAGCUAUCGAUUUGCUACAAAAUGGAUCGGUGUUGAAUCAAAGUUUUCAACCACAUGAGGCCCACAUACCGUUUAUCCUUCAAUUCAUGAUGGAUUACAAUUUACACGGAAUGAGUAUGAUCAAUUUAUCAAGUGUGAAAUAUCGGCGGCGCAUUACGCAAUCUCAUUCGGAGUUUAAAUCAUCAAAUGGUGCUAGUAGUAACAGUAGCAGUAGCGGUGGUGUCGCUACUACCGGCGGUAUAAUUACGCCGGUCGAUGAACUUGAUUAUCUUCCAGCGUGUGUUGAACGACAAAGUAUUUGUGAAUUAGAGGUAGACGGUUUAGUAUCAGAUAUCUUAAAUAGACAAGACCUGGAACGGGGAAUUGAGUUGAAUCCAGGACUUGCGGCAAUUUGGGAAGAAGAACGUGCUAGAAGAGCACAAGCUGGUCUCGCUUGUGAAGAUUCCCAACUUGUCAACCCAAAAAGUCCAGGAAGACCGCCUUAUUGUCUCACAGACAAUGAUUUGUAUCAACAGCAAAGAUUCAAUCGUCGGCUUUAUAUGGUAUCGCAGUGCAAUGAAAGUACACUUUCAUCCGCGUCCUCACCUUCUUCCUCGUACUCGCCUGCUAGUUUAAAUCAAUCGUCAUAUCCGAUUGAAACACUGAACGACGAUCAACUGAUGAAUGCCUCUAAUUUACCGAGUUUGAAUUCGCAAAAUUUGAAUUUGACUCAGCAUAUCAACGAAAUUUCAAGUCUCAAUUCUAACAAACUUUCUCAAGAAUCUAAAACUUCACAAUUAACUAACGAAACUAGUAUUUUGGAUUCUGAAGACAUACCAUUAAUUGAAAUACUUAUGGACUUAGCGCGUGACUCGGAGAAACACGGCCCUGUGGAUAAUGAUAGUAUUCUGGGUACCCAAACUUCAGCGUUUGAUCACGAGGAAAUAAAAAGUGAUAACGAAGAUGACGAUGUUAUUGAUUUCAACCUUACGUGUUUGGAUAUUGAUUCAAUGAGUCCGUGGGGCUCAAACCCCGACAAGUCACCACCUAGUCAACUUGUUCCUGUUAAUAAUAUAGACUUAAUUAACAAUAUUAAUAAUAGUAAUAAUAAUUAUAACGAUAAUGGUAAUCAUAACAAUAACUAUAAUAAUCCAGGUUCUAUUAAUACAACUGAAACAACAAAUAUUAAUAGACCUAUUAUCGGAGCCGAUACAACGGAUGCUGGGAGUCUAAACUCGGAGGAAUCUCAGCUACCACAAUUGGAUGGUGCGGGUGAUCUAUUGAGCUUCCUUGAGUCGGAGGAGGACGAAAACAUUAUUAAGUACGAGCAUCAAGUUAAACGUAUACCAGAAUAUCAAGCACCUAUUUCAACCGCGGAUUACGCCAACAGGGUACGUGUGUUUAACACAAAUUUACCUUGUAAUGAUGACGAAGCAUUUAUUAUGGAGGAGGGUACUUCAUCAUCAAACUGUUCGCCAAUGUCACAACAAGAUGCAUGGUCCUUUUAUUUACCCACCGACGCGGAUAACAUCGACGAGUUUGUGAAUAUGAAUUUUGAAUUACUUGGAUCAGAGUUUGACUCGGAUUAUGAAACUACUUUGGGAUUAAAUUCGCUGCUGGAAGGCGAUGAGGAUGAAUCCUCUAUUGGCAUUAAUUUAAUUGUUGAUAACGGUAAUAAUGAGUGCGUACCACUAGAGGCAGUGUUAAACGGUGACCCCUGUUUUACCCAAACCGCCGAAAUGGACAAAUCUGAUUUGACGGAGCUGAAAGAUCAAUACGAUAGUUUGCUUGGUAGUGAACUUGUACCUAUAGCUUAUAAAAAUUUUCGUGAGAGUGAUAGUUGUGUUGAUAAUAAUAAUACAAGAUUAGAUAGCAAUGAUAAGUGUGGUCAAGUGUACUCUAAUUCACAAAGUCAACAAUUAAAUAAUGAUAAUACAAGUAAAGAGGCUGCUAGUACAACAGGAACAACCGCAAUAACGCCACCAACAAAUGACACCCGAAAUUUAUCCUCGGAAAAUGUUACGCCCAACAUACAAGAACCCGACGGUAAAGUAAAUACUCUAAAAAGUAAAUAUGAUAACAGUAAAGAGUUUAGCAGUAGCAGGGAGCUAGCAACCGCUGCUGAUAGCUCUGAUUAUAAUUGUAACUUAGUUGCCAGAUGGGAGGAAUUGCAGGACUUGAAGUUUAUUCCGAAACGUGUUCUAAAGAAAAAAGGUUUUGUAAGACCGAGAAAACAAAUAUUGAGACGGACAACCCUCAGUGAAUCAAUGAUGGCACGUAAGCGCGGUUAUUUCCGACGUGGUCCUGCAAAUUUAGCUAAUCAAGUAUUUACUAGUGAUAAUAAUAAUACUACUACGGUAUCUCCAGUUCCUGAUAACGAUAAUUUACCAAAUAACUUAAUAUACAAUGUUACACAAGAUGUUAAUAGUAAAAACGAUAAUACAACGAUAUGCAAUAAUAAUAAUAGACAAAUAAGAGCUACUGAUCGUACGGGUACGACUGACAAAAUUAAACUAUUUAUUGAAAACUCGAGGAAUGUUAAAAAUUCAGAUAAUACUUCCACUACUACUGCAAGCUCUACUUGUAAUAGUAAUAGUACUAGUAAAACUCGUCUCUCUGCAGACACUCGGGCGACUCUCGCUUCAACAACUACAACUAAAACAAGUUCCUUUGGGUCUGGUAUUAAAGAAAAGUCAACUAAAUCACCGUGCUCACUCGAUGAUUAUUCACCGAGUGCCUCGAGUAAUUUUUCACCGAGCGAUCUUAUUGGACAUGUAAAUACCUCGACAGAAGUUGAAACUUCAAGAGGGUAUUGCAAUGGUGAAAUGGAUAAUUUAUCUAGCGUUGUUGGAAAUCCAGACGAGGUUGAUAAUAAUCCAACCGACGGUGAAAAGACCAAAAUAGUUGAUAAUAAACACCAGUCACGUUAUUUAUCUUAUUACUCAUCAGUGAAUGCACAUAGUGGAGUGCCCUACGGGCAGAACAAACAUCGACACUGUCUUUACUCAUCAUAUCGCAGUGCUUUUGUUAAGGAUUAUGUAUUUACGGUGGAUCAAGUUUGGGUUAUUGAUAAACGAAAACGUGGUACUGCACCUGCAAUAUCAGCCUCAGUAUGCACUAAAGACUGUUGUCGGUUGCCAAUAGUGCUUUUAGAUAAGCUUAAUAUUGUUAUUAAUAAAUCUAAACCUAAAUCUAAACCUAAACAUACUCAAGCUAACCGAGAUGCAUCCUCUGUUGUGAUAGAUCACGUUGAUAAUGUUAAUUACACUUGUGACAGUAGUGAAAUUGACAUGGUCAAUUAUAAUUCUAAUGUUAAAAAUAUAGAUAAAAUUAAUACGCCAGCUCAAUUAGUUAAUUCAUACAAUAACGAUAAUUUUAAUAUUAAUAAUGGAAAUAAAAAAAUUUAUAAAGAUAAUAAUAAUAUUAAAAAAACUAAUAUUUUAUUAUUAAAUAACAAUAAAAGUUAUGAUUCAACCUCAACACAAUCAUCACAAAUUUCAUCGACACAAAACCAUGAUCAAGUUACAGAUAAUAAUAAUAAAAUAAUAACAGCAACAGCCACGGCAACAACAACAACAGCGAUAAAACAACAAGAACAGAAUCAAGAGCAGCAAAAAAAUGACGGCCCGGUUAUAAUAAAAAGAGUUUUUGAAGAGAUGUCUCAAGACGGUACUGCGAGUAAAAAGAAACGGUCAAUUAUUUUAAAAUUGGGAAACAGAAGUCACAGUACUGUUUCAAUAAAGGACGAAAAUAAAAGUAAUUUAGAUGAAAGUUUUAACGAGAACUUUGUUCAGCCGCGUGGGAUGAAAAGUAAGCGUAGAAGGCUAAAGAAAAUAAAACGUUUGAAUGAAAAAGUAAUAGCCAAUGGUAUUAAUAAAGAAUCUAAGAUACACAGUGAAAAAAGUACUCCUCAUCUAUUUAGGUCUUCAAAGUCUUCUAAGACUUGGUCAUCAAUAAUAGAUAAACCACGUUUGAGGAGUCGGGUUAAUAAUAACGUUAAAUCUAAUAAUUCUAAUAACCAACUGAUGAAUAACGAAUUGACAGAUGCUUGUUCUGUAGCCAAUGGACAGCUAAAUUUGAUUACGUCCUCACAGUCGGAGCCUAUUCAAUCACGCAAGCGCCCGGAAAUUUGGUGUUCGAUUAGCAGAAAAAAUAUCGACUUGGGAUUCUUAACUGCAAAAUCACUGUCAUCUCCAGUCUAUAAAGGCGAUAAUGUUCCAGUGAUACGACAGAAGCCUAUUGUUAUCCGUCACAUCGAGACUCUUCCAAAAACGUACAAAAUAAAAAUCUAUUCAGCAGCCAGUAAUGUCAAAUCAGUGUGUGAAUCAGAAGUCGACACCACGUCACCGGAAGAUUCAUUGAUUACUUUUCAAAAUGAUAAUAGUAAUAAUAAUAAUACUGGUAAUGUUGUUAUUGAUAAUAAUUCUGUUGUUACAAAUAAUAAUGAUAAAAAUGUUAUUUCAAAUACAUCACAAGUACAACAAUUCAGCGAGUUUGAUACGACACUUGAUGUACAUUUGUGUGAUUCAAUUUACAAGGACGAGGAUGAUGUGGCAGCAGUUGCUAAUGAGAUAUUUGAUACAGCCGCCGGUGGUAUUGUCGAGGAGGAAAGGAUAUCUUUGGUUGAUUGUACGGCAAAUUCAUCACAGGAAUCCGAACAAUAUACCAAAGCCAUUGCUGAAGCUAAUUUUUAUGCUGGCAAAAAUUAUACUAUCGAUGCAAUCAGUCUCGAAAUACCGCAGUGUCUAUUUGAAGAGGAUUCUAACUCGGAAAGUUUACAAAAGAAAUCAUUGGAGAUGAUAACUGAAAGUUCAAUGCCUGAAAUAUCUGUUGGAAUAUUAUCUCCCUCUCAUGUUCCCUCGUCUCAUUCACCAGAAACCCCAGCUGAGCUCGACAAACUUUUGGAUAAUAAUUUGAUAAACGGGCUUAAUGAUUUAAAUUAUAGCAUAUCUUCUUUAACGAGUAUUACAGAUAAAACUGUUGUAAAAAGCCAACCGUUGAAUGAAUUUGUACAGCCUGGCGAUUCGUUUAACUCAAUCACCUCUCACAAAUUUAAUCCGAGGGAUCAUACGUCAACUGAGUGUAAUUACGUAUCAUCAUCGUCUUCUUCCUCGUCUUCGUCAGCCUUUGAAUUUUCUACCUCCGCAAUGUUAAAUAAUUUACCAAGCGAACAGCUGAAUUUUGAAGAUUACUUUGACGUGGAACAAAUUAUUCAAAUGAUCAAUUCUGCCCUGAUUUUGAAUGACAUUAAUCUUGAUGAUAACACACUCAAUAAUCAAUUACUAUCAUUGUCAAAGGAAGAUAAUAUUUGUGGUGAUAACAACAAGGUUGAUGAUGAAAAAACCAAGACCAAGUACUCUCCGAAUAAAAUUUCAAUUAUUAGAAAAAUUUACAAGACCAAAGGAGAUAAUAAUAAAGCUGAAAAAAGUAACAAUGGAAACACUGGGACGACUAAUCAAGCUGAUGAAAAUCUUCUAUUAAACCCAAAACAGGGUAUUGAUUUAGUGGACAUUGAAGCUGAGGCUCCUGAUAAUUCUGUUAUAAUUAAACCGAAUAAUAAAAUCGAUCUGGAAUUUAAUGAACCUAUGAAAAUCGAUGCUGAUGGUGAUGACGACAACAGUGUAAAUGGUAAUGACAAAGAUGUGGGUGGAGAAGACGAAAAACUCAUCAAAUUUACGUCAACUGAUUCUAUAAAUACUAAAGCGUAUGAAAAUAACUGGAAUAAUCAAGAAUCACGAAAUGAAAUUAGCUCUGAUUGCGCAAUAAGUCAAAAUACAAAUUUGGAGAAGUUUGUUGAAAAUGUUUCAUCAGAAAUAUUUAAUCAAAAUGAUAAUAAUGAACAACAGUCAGUUAAAACAAUAACAACAGUUGAUGAUAAUGAAAAUAAGGUAAAUGUUGAUACUGAAGUUAUUAAAUUAAUGGAUAAUAUACUAUCACUGGUGAGUAUUGAAAAAUCAAUGAAUAAUAUGUAUAAUAAUGAUAAUGUAGACAAUAUUAUUGAUACUGAACCUGUAUUAAAUUCCAUUGUCAACAAUAAUUUGAUAGAUGAUAAAGGCUGCGAAGCUGCCGGCAGACGGAGUAAUUAUUUAUCUCAGUCAAAUGAAAUAUCAACCACUGUUACUGCCGUCGAGAACAACACUGAUUGUAAUAAAGUUGAAGCAAUCACUGAUAAAUUUUGUUCAGACAAUAAAAAUAUUAUUGAAAGUUUGGGAGCUGACGGCAGUGAUGAUCACGAAGAAACAGAAGCUAAACUGACAAAUGAAAAAACGGACGUUAAGUUAGUUGAGCCAGAAAUCGAAGAUAAAAUCACAACUGGUACUGCUGGCUCUUAUUGCGAAGUACUUCUUGAGGUAAAUGAGAAAGUUAAAUCGUCUGUUGAGCAAUCUACGUUUGAAUCUUCUCUUACCAUUACUGAUAAUCAGUGUUCUAAUGAACAAGAAAUAAAAUUGCGGUUUAAAGAAGAUUAUACGGAAGUAGUGUUUAAUAGUGACAAAGAGAAUAUCGAUAGUCAUGAGUGUUCCAUUCAUAGUAACUCUAUUCCGGAAGUUGAAAAAGAUCCAGAGGAAGCAGUUAGAGCUGGAGAAAACAAAGAAGAAGAAGAAAUAAAUGGUGACGGUGAAGAAGUACAAGAAGAUAAAUUAAAUAUUGAUACUGGUAGUAAGUCUGGAGUUGAACAAGAAAAUACUUACACCGAUGACAGUAAUGGUAAAAAUAUUUCAAAGGAAUCAGUGUUUAGGUGCCGGGAAUUGUCGGUCCGGUUGGUUCGCAUUAAAUUAAACGAAUUUAAUCAAUAUUUAAAUAGCAGUAAUGGCUGCGGUAAUAAAAGUAAAAUAGAUGCUAAUUCAAGUUUAGUUGAGUUUGAAUCUGGUAAAGAAGCAGCCAAUGCCAGCUCAGUGAAACAAAAAUUCGGAAAUUCAUCUGGAGUUAAAAAAUGUGUUAGAUUUGAUGAUCAGGUAUUUAUAUUCGAGACAAAUACACGAGUACCUCUAAUAAAUUUUGAUGAGAAGAGCGAAGAAGAAGAAGAAGCAGAAAAGCAAAGGGAGAACUUUACUGAGGGUGACGAGGGUGAGGGUGCGGUAGAACCUGAAUGCCAGGGUGAGGGUGAGGGUAAGACCGAAAGAGUGGGUGCCAGCGAGGUCGAGGGUGAGGGUGGGUGUGAUGAAGAGGAGCCGGAGGUGCUGGAGGAAGAGGAAGAGGAAGAGGCUGAACCAGAACCAGAACCAGAAAUAGCAGAACAAGAAAAAAUGGUUGGGGUUGAAAAUCAAGAAUUAGACAAAGAAAAAGAGCAGCAAGUUGAAAAAGUAAAAGAUGGUGAAAAACAAGAUAAUAAAAAAACAAUAGAUAAAGAUGAAAUUUCUGUGGGUAGUAUGAAAAAAUGUGAAAUAACAGACUCAUAUAAAUCAAUUGGUAAUAAAAAUGACAGUGAAACAAAAUUUAAUGGGGAUGUAAUUGCUAGCAGUUGUAUUAAUAAAAAACACGAUGAUGAGAUAAUAGUUAUAUCGGACAGCGAUGAAUACUCCAGCAGUGAUAAUGACGUUGAGUUUGUUUCAGAAGAGAAGUUAGUGCCAGACAGUUGUGUCAGCAAAAAGUUAAACACCAAAAUUAUUGAUAAAAAUUUUGUUUUUACAGAGAAUAGUAAUGGGAAUACGGAUAAGUUAUCUCACGUAAAUGUAAACGGGGUGAUAAGAAAUAAAAAUGAGACAUCGAAUGAUAAAAAAAAUAAAAAAUAUUCAAAGAGCACGUUUAAAGAUAUAAACCCAAUUAAAGAUGUCCCAAGGAUAAGAUCAUCUAGUUUUGGUACGGUGACUGUUACUCUUACUCCUGUUACUUCAACUUCAACUUCUACUUCAAUUUUUAGCGAUAGUUGUGGUAAUGCUACUACUACUGAAGCAGCUAGUUUACCGAAUAAAAAAUCGGGAAAACGAGUUAAAGAGUUGGCAACGAAAUUCACUUGUGUAUCAGGACAAAAUAGCAGUAAAUCAACAAAAACCGAAUUUAACCGUGACAUUAAAGAGCAGCAACAGUUUUCUUUGGACAAUAUCCAGGAAAUGGAAAGUAAGUUAGAUAAGAACCUAAAGGAUGUUACAGUUCUAGAUGAAUCUACAAUACCAGUUGAUAAGAAUAUAAAAGAAAAAUCUCGUUUAGCCGGUGAACUUUUAACAAAAUUUACUGAAAAAGAACCACCAAGAUCCAGAGAAUCAACAUGCAAACGUAAACGUAAUAACAAUAAUAAUUUACCAAGGCAAUCCUAUUUAAAUUCAAAUAAUAAUAUCAAAGCUAAUAGUAAUAGUAUUAUUGUUCCUUCAACAGUUGAUCCAACACCAACAACAUCCUCAUUAUUACCAGGCUCGAUGGUAGAAAGCCGCCAGAGCUCCGAUGACAAUCGAUUGGUACGAACUUACAGAAUGUUAACAAGUUAUCGCACUAAAAUUCAUACACUUAGUAUUGAUCAGCGAAUGGUAUUUACCCGCGUGGCAGUAAGCGAUCAAGAAUUUGGCAGUAAACAAGUCAAAGAAAAAUUCCUGGAGGGUAUUGGAUUGUAUCCACUGAAACCGCAAGGCUGCGGGUGGAAGCCAGCUCACAUUACUACCGGGUUCAUGCAAUUACAGCAGCCACGUGUUAUUCUCCAGCGACUUACGCCGAGUGUGCUUAAAUACUACGGGUAUACACGUCGAUUCAAAAGCCAGAGAUUCGGAAAACGUUUCAAGACCGACGUAAAUAAUCGAUUUACGAUACCGGCGUACGAUGGCCCGGCGGAUUUGAGCUCCACUGAUUCUGAAUCGGAUACGGAUAUAACUCUUGACUGCCGGGAGAAACGUGUUUGCGACUAUAAACCGAGAAAGCACUUUCAACGUUGCGAAGCAACAGUAACUCCUCGUAAACGCAAAAACAUCAACAGCGACGAGGAGACCGGAGGAGAUAAAGUUAAUCUCGGGGAGGAGGAUUUAUUUCAAGGAGCCAGAGAUCGAGCAACUCAACGUUUAUUUAAUAGACCUACGGCUAAACACAGUAUGCCUUUAACUGAUAAUAAAAUUUACUAUCAAUCGCCCACCAGGGCCACCACCUCUAAGUCUUCUGGUCUCUCGGGCAAUUAUACGCCAUUGAAAAUAAUUAUUACGUCACCGAAGGUACGAAAACUCGAACAUACUUCUUGUGAUCAGCCAACGAUUGAUAAUCAUAAUCGUACCUACAGUCACAGUCGAGCCGAGGACUGUCUUGAUAAUGAAAACAGCUGCGUCACACCGAGGAGACGGAGGAGAUUGCUUUCUUCGGCUGUGACAUCCACCAAGCGCCGAGUUUCAGGUGACAGUUGCCAAACGCUGACGGCAAAUGAUGAACGACAACAGACGGGUGAGUUCGAGAUAUUAAACCCCAUUCCUAGUACCAGUUUUGGUGGUGAAUGCAGCGCUACAGCUUCAAAUGAUAAUAAUUAUGUUGAAAAAUGUAAUCGUGAUUUAUCACCAAGUGUCAAAGCCAACGUGAGAAAAAAUUUAUUUUUUUCGUCGAGCAAACAAGACGAUCGACUUGAUAAAAGUUGGCGCAAUCAAGCUGGUGAUAUUGAUAAUACUGAUAAAGGUGAAAAAUUAACAGAAGAUACUGAUGAAAUGCUCAAUAAUGAAUUAGAAAAAUCUAGUGAUGAUGAUACUGUGAUAUUUGAGCAGUCUGCAGCUAAUUUAGAACUUGAAUUUUCACCUUUAUCGAAAUUCGACGAUGAUCAAAAUCUCGAGGAGCAAGAUGACGUGUGUAAUGUAACAUUCACACAAUACUUGAGCUCGCAACUUAUCCGACAGACGAAUCAAUCAUCUGGUGAGUACAAAAAGAGUCUGUCAAACUUGGAAAAACAAGUAACAAUUAUUCCGAAAUUAAAACCACCGUCUGUUGGAAGAAUAAUUGACACAAUGGAAUUAUAUAGCAUACCAAAGUGUCGUAACUUGCAGCCGUUUUUUAGUAAUCAAUCAGAUGCGCCAGGUCACAAAGAGGUAGCUCACAGAUUAUUAAAAGUACCUGGUAAAGGAUUAGCCGAUUUAUCAUAUUUUAAAUCAAGUCUUGAUAAUAUUACGGGUAUUAAUCGCUGGCGUAGGAUGAAAAUAAAUGAAUUUAAUUCAUCAUCAAAGGGAAGUGGAGGAGUUUUUAAAUCAUGUAAUAUUAAAAAAAAUCUUGCUGGACAUUCAUCUGUGGUUAUUACACCUUUAAUUUUACCUCCUUCGUUGACAAGUGUGAUAAAGUGGGUCAGGGCUCGGGAUUAUUUGGCAAAAAAACGUAUUAAACUCGAGAAAAGAGACAAGGACAAAAAUAACGUCAAAGACAAAGAUAAAUACAGAGAUAAGGGAAUUGAAGGAGGAGAAAAAGAAGAAAUAGCUCAAGACGAAGAAACAGUUCAAGAUGUUAUUGAAACAUUUGAGCAACAUAAAAAAUACGACAAUCCGUUAAUUGAAUCAGAGCAACGUUCAAAUAAUGUUAAUAUUAAUAUUAAUUCAAGUAUUCUCGAAACAACGACUGAAAAUAUUAUAAAUUUAAAUUCUGGAAGCGAUAGUUCUGGUUACACUGUUGUAGAUUGUUCAAGUGCCGUUGAAAAAUAUAUGAGCUCAGGGGAUAAUGGAAAAAAAAGUUUAUUAAUACAACAACAUGAUAACGAAAAUUCUAAUAAUACCCUCGGCGACAGCCUCGACGAUUAUAUUGAUCCGUCUUUAUUAAGUAUACUCGGUAAAUCGAAAUUGUUUAAAGAGAGUGAACAGUCGAAACAUUUUGGAAUUUCAUGCGGACAAAUUGAAUGUUUAACGCAUUCAGAUAGAAGUAAUGUGGAGAAUGAGAAUAGACAGAAAGCGAAAGCUCUGACGAGGUAUCAAUUUAUAACAGUGUUAUGUGUAGAAGUACAUGUCGUAACUCGUGAUGAUUUAUUACCAGAUCCACAACAUGAUGCUAUUUCUGCUUUAUUUUAUGCUGUACAGAGUGAUGUUCCACCAACCUCCUCAAUUAAACCACUUGAACAUGGUCUUAUAGCGGUCGCAACGGAAGGAAACAAUAACUAUGGGUAUGAUUAUGGAUCGUCGUUGCCAUUUACCAAGACAUUUGUAUCAAAUGAAGUGGAAUUAUACAAAGCAUUUGUAAAUUUAGUAACACGUAUUGACCCUGAAAUAUUUAUCGGUUGGGAAAUAGAAUCAUUAUCUUGGGGUUAUAUAUUUCAGCGAGCCUCUAGACUUGGGAUCGAUUUAGCAAAACGGAUUUCUCGAAUCCCAAGCGUACAAUGUAAGUGGGAAUCUCAGCCGUCGGAUCUUAAUACAUUAGCGGAUGUUAAAUUACCGGGUCGUAUUGUCCUCGACAUUUGGCGAAUUAUGAGAAGUGAAAUAGCGCUGCUUACGUAUACGUAUGAAAAUGUUAUGUAUAGUGUGAUGAAUGAGAGAGUUCCCUGUCCGUCUUUUAAAGUAUUAUCUAACUGGUGGAUUGAGCCGCAAGAUGAAGAAGAAAAGGUGAAGGAGCCGAAUGAGAAACAGAGGCAGAAUCCAAGAUCACGUUGGAAAGUUGUUCAACAUUACAGUGUUAAAGUUUUAGGUAUCUUGAGGAUUCUCGAACAACUUGACAUUAUUGGACGAACAAGUGAGCAUGCUCGGCUUUUUGGAAUCCAAUUUUACGAAGUUUUUUCUCGUGGUUCUCAGUACCGAGUUGAAUCAAUAAUGUUACGGCUUGCAAAGCCACUCAAUUACAUUCCGGUAUCUCCUUCACCGUUGCAAAGAGCAUCUAUGAGAGCUAUGGAGGCACUUCCACUAAUAAUGGAGCCAGAAGCAAUGUUUUACAGUGAUCCACUUAUUGUCCUUGACUUUCAGAGUUUAUAUCCAAGCAUUAUUAUCGCACACAAUUAUUGCUUUUCAACCUGUUUAGGGCGUAUAGAAAAUAUUGGACAGCAAAAUCCUUACAAAUUUGGUGCUUACUUGCUGCGUGUCCCUAAAAGCACAGCCAUUAAAUUACAGGGUAAAGUCAAUUAUGCUCCUUGCGGUGUAGCUUUUGUAAAGCCAGAAAUACGUCUUGGAAUUUUACCAAGAAUGCUUACUGAAAUUUUAGAAACACGAUUGAUGGUUAAAAAAGCUAUGAAAGAUCAUAAAGAUUCUAAAGAUGAUAAAUUAUUACAACGAGUUUUGCAUUCACGUCAACACGGACUUAAAUACCUCGCUAAUGUUACUUACGGUUACACAGCUGCUAAUUUCAGCGGCAGAAUGCCCUGUAUUGAGCUUGGAGAUAGUGUUAUUAGUAAAGCUAAAGAAACUCUUGAACGCGCAAUAAAGCUUGUAGAAUCAACUCCCAAGUGGGGAGCACGCGUUGUUUACGGAGAUACCGAUUCGCUUUUUAUCCUUGUGCCUGGUAAAUCUAAAGACGACGCUUUUAUUAUUGGCAACGAAAUCGCUGACGCUGUUACUGCAUCUAAUCUUAAGCCGAUCAAACUUAAAUUUGAAAAAGUUUUACAUCCAGCAAUAUUACAAACUAAGAAACGUUACUGCGGGUACAUGUACGAAACUCCGGAUCAAAAAGAACCAACCUACUUGGCAAAGGGUAUAGAAACUGUGAGAAGAGACGGUUGUCCAGCUGUUUCUAAGAUUCUUGAAAAGUCAUUAAAAAUUCUUUUCGACACUAAAGAUGUAUCGUUAGUAAAACAAUUUGUAACGCGGCAGUUGGACAAAGUACUAAACGGAAAAGUAUCGCUUCAAGAUUUAACAUUUGCUAAAGAAUUCCGUGGUCUGCGUGGAUACAAAGAGAAAGCAUGUGUACCGGCGUUGGAGCUAACACGGAGACUAAUGAAAAAAGAUCCACGAGCCAUACCCCGUCACGGCGAGCGUGUUCGCUAUGUUAUUGUUGCCGGUCCACCAAAUCAAGCAUUAAUUAAUUGCGUACGUUCGCCGUGGGAGGUUAUUAAUGAUCCUGGACUACGACCAAAUGGUACGUACUAUGUUACUCGGGUGAUAAUACCACCGCUUAAUAGAUGUUUAAAUCUUAUGGGUGUUGACGUAAAUACUUGGUACCGCGAAAUGCCGCAUCGGUAUAUUUUAAACAAUCCAACAGUUGUACCGAGCGAUAAACAGAAACAAACGAUAUUUCAAUACUUCGGCAACGUCGUUUGCGUCUGUUGCGGUCGCGCUUCUUAUAAAAAUAUUUGCGACGACUGUACCUCUAAUUCCACUGAAACAAUUAUUGUACUACACGAAAAGUUGAGGUGGUUGCAGAGAAUAAACGAUAAUAUCACCGCUAUUUGUCAGUCUUGCAUAGGACGCGAUAGUGAUGUUGCUGACUGUGUAUCAUUGGACUGUCCUGUUCUUUAUCGUCGUGCUCAAGCAUCCAGAGAAUUAACUCAAGGAAUUCAAUUACAAAAUGUUAUUACUGGAAAAAGUCACACUCUAUUUUGAAUUUAAUAAUUAUACCUUUAAUUAACAUAAUCAAAAUUAAUCAUUUUUUAAAUGUCUUUCGAUAUAUGCUUCCAAUACCAGGACGUAAAAUUAUUUUUAUUAUUAUUAUUAUUUUAUUAGUUUUAAGUAACUCCAAAGUAUUUUUUCGCACACGUCCAAUAAUUAUUAAUUAAUUUUAUUAAAUUAUAUUUAAAGAUCUAUAUGGCGAUAAAUUGUCACUGAUCGGAUAAGAUUUGAAAAAAAAAAUUUAUAUAAAUGCUAAUUAUAGUAUUAUUUUGGAUAAAUCAAAAUUUUUAUAAUUAUAAUGAUAAUGUCAAUAUAUAAUUGCAAUCAGACCUCAUCCAAUAUAUCUUUCAUAUUUAAUAAUUCCUAAAUUUAAAUAAAAUGGAACUCAUAUAAGAUAUAUAUAUAUAUAUAUACACAAAUAUAUAUAUUUUUUAAUAGUCAAACAAAAAAUCUUUUACUCUUCCUAAUUUUCACCAGCCUGUAUUUUUUUUUUUAAUUAAUUUAUCCAAUAAUUAUUUUUAGAUAGUCGAAAUUUCUGAAAAGUCACCAAAGUGUACAUUGUUAAAAAAAAAGUAAAAGCCAAAAAAAAAUUACAAAAUGAAAAAGAAAAAAAAAUGUUUUUUUACCUUUUGCGGAUUAUUGAAUUAUUUUUUUUAAUGAGAAAUCCAUGACAUUUAUACGUAUUUUUUCAAGCUACACUUCCAAAGUUCCAUAACCCGGGUGUACGUGUGCAACAAAGCAUUAAUUUAUGUAAGUACACUCGGGUUGUCAUAAAUUAUAAAUUUAUAUAAAAAAAAAAUUAGUUAAUUGAUUAAUUAGUUUAUUAAUAAUAACGAGUUAAUUAUUAGCAAAAUAAAUAAUAAUAAUGAUAAAAAUAAAAUAAUGAUAAUAUAAUUGUCAAUAGUAAGGUAUAAAAUACGUCAUAAAACCACGGAUGAGCCUCUUAGAAUUUUAAAAAAGAGGCAUUCCCGUUUCCAAGUGCCAUUGUUCCUUAUAUUGUUAGUUUCUCGGAGGUAUUUACCGAAUUAAAAAAAAAUUUAUAAAUUUAUUCGCAUAAUUUCGUAAUAAUUAUUGUAAAAUUAUAUCAUUAAUUUAACAUGCAUACAUAUAAAGUCCCUGAAAUAAUAAUAAAUAUUAAUAUUAAAUAAUAAUUAUAAUAAUUGUAAUAAUAAAUAAAUUUAAGCAACUAGAUUAAUACCGCCGGCGGUUCUUAAAAGUAUAAAAAUAAAUGUAUCAAGUGUAUAUAAUUAUAAACAAAAGUCUGCAUAUUAAAUAAUAAUAUUAAUAUUAAUAAAUAUUCAUAAAGCGAUCAGUGUAAUUUGUAAUUCAGCUAUUUGUAAUACGAAAACAGUGGUUUGUUAUUGCAUAUGUGGUAGUAAAUUUGGACAGCGAUAAACUUUGCUAUUAAAUAAUUAUAAUAAUAUUAAUUAAAAAAAAAA